GUGGUGAUGGCCCCACAUGAACCACCGGUGGUGUUCGUUGAUAACUACAUCAAACUUCUGGCCGACGGCAACCCGGAGACUUUCCAGAAGAUUUUGGACAUGAAGGGUCUAAAGCGCAGUGAACAAAGCAGCAUGCUGGAGCUCUUCAGGCAGAGGUUACCCACUCCACCCUCUGGAGCCGACAGCGGACCAUCUCUGUCCUUCAGUGCUCCCACCCCUGAGCAAGAGUCGUCCCGUAUCCGCAAACUGGAGAAGCUCAUCAAAAAGAGACUGUGAAGAGCCUCAGAUCUGGAUCGGAACAGGCGCUGCUGAGGCCUUCGGGUCUUUUGCGGCUACGCACCUCAAAGACUUCAUUAGGGCCGAUUCAGUCGAAGUGGAGAGCUACAGAAAGAGGAAACCGUUGGCUAAACUUUUCUUAAGAGACUGUAACACAAAACCAAUCUGAUGCUGGGUUAUGAAGAAACUUCCUCAACGGUUUGUUGCAUAUAUCCUGUACGUCUGUAAUUCCCCGCUGUUGUUUCUGUGACACUAACAUAAGCGAUCCCAGAUGGCCUAAUGUACUAUUGUUGAUUAAAUUCUGCUCAGAGUGUCUCCUGCUGCUCCUUAACGUACCUAAUCAUGGAGAAUUCUUCUAUGUUAAUUAAAUUCACUGUUUCUGAAGAUAAUGUACUCAGAGGAUGAUGUAUCUUUGAAUUAACUGUUUUUAGCGUGAAAGGGAGUGGGCUGAAAUAUUAAUAUUCUGUCAUCGAUAAAUGGGACUUGUCUCUAUGGUGUUGUUGAAAAAGCGGUUACCUGUAAUCAUCACACGCAUCUGACAAAGAUCUGCUUUUUCAGAGAGCUGUAUACCCAUAUUUAGCAGCACGUCCUAUCGUGAGCUGACUGUGUGAUCACAUGAUCGCAUUCGGUGCCUUGUAAAAUUCAACUUGUUGGUAUUGUGUCACGUUCCACCUACAAUCCCCCAUGUAUUUUUAUUGCAAUUCUUUGUAAGAGACCAACAUAAAGUAGCACAUGAUUGUCACGUCGAAGUAAGGUAGAAAUGCUUUUCGAAAUUUUGAAAGAUAAGUCUGAAAGCUGUUGCAUGGAUUUGUUUGUGGCCUACUCCGAUCCUCCUAAAUAAAAUCCAUUGCAAGCUGUUACCUUGAUAA